CAUGCGAUUCUUCACUCUCGUCAAAUUCUUCGGCCUCGCCGCCAUGGCGGUCCUAGGUAGCGCCAGCCCGACUCCGGGGGCUGUUACUGCUGCCUUCAUAUGGACAGACGCCGAGUUCGACCACUGGCUCGCCACCACUGACGCCAAGAUCACCUACUACGGCAACACCGCGCCGAGCCCGCUCGCUCCUCGCGGGGCGCUCGACACCAGGGUCACUUAUUGUAGCUCUCGCGUCCACAACGUCUGCGGCGGUGCUUGCACAGUCUACAACGGUGGCGCUACCUGCCUUAACGCUCCUAACACCGCGUGCCUUGCCGCCACUAACAACGUCGGGUUCUGCGACCGUGGAGGAUGUGGGGGGAGCUGCAACCAGCUGUCUACCUGUGGGACUCGUCUUGAUAACGGGUUCUGCUACACCCCCGGCACGAGGUCUAUCCUCGUUGGCUCCUA